AUGAGUAGUGGCAUCACUCAAAAUUUCGAAUACAUAGCAGCUCACAUUGAAGACUAUCUUGAAGAUGGGAAGCUCUUUCAUGUUUUCGAGCCAGAAGACAUCAAGACCAUCUUAAAACUUGCAAAUUUGACCUCAAAUAACUUCAUUCGACUUCUUGAACAAUCAUCAACUACAUUUGAAGCAAGUAAAUUAUACGAAUAUACUCAUGAUGCAAGCGUUUCUAUCAACAAUUUUCAAGAUGCAAUUUCGACACUUAAAUCUGUUAGAAAAUACAUGGAUUUAAGAAUAUUUGAUGGACUUAUAUACUUUUUAGAUCAAAAAGAAAAAGAAUUUGUCAUUCUUGAAAAUCGAAUCCAAAAUCUUCUUGAAAGCAGUAGAGAAGAACAUACAGCAAUUCAAAUACUUUCUAAGAUUGAAGAGCUCAAAAAAUCAAACGAUAUGGAAAGUAUCUAUGAAUUCUUUGAUGAGCUUUCAGAAAGUGGAAAUCAAAAAAUGAUUUCAAAAGCAUGCGAAGAAGGACUCUCUGAGAAAAUUAUUAAUGGUAAUAAUAUACUACAUAUAGCAUCAUUAAAUGGAAAUACCAGACUUGUUAAAAAUCUUAUUGAAUGUGGCUGCAAAUUAGAAACAAGAAAUGAAAAAGGACAUACACCACUCAUUUGUGCAUCAGAAAAAGGUCAUCUUGAAGUUGUUAAAUAUCUUAUCUCUGUUGGUGCUGAUAAAGAAACAAAGGAUAAUGGUGGAGGGACUCCACUCAUUUAUGCAUCAUAUAAAGGUCAUCUUGAAGUUGUUAAAUAUCUUAUCUCUGUUGGAGCUGAUAAAGAAGCAAAGGAUAAUGGUGGAGGGACUCCACUCAUUUGGGCAUCAUAUAAAGGUCAUCUUGAAGUUGUUAAAUAUCUUAUCUCUGUUGGAGCUGAUAAAGAAGCAAAGAAUAAUCUUGGAUCUACUCCACUCAUUUAUGCAUCAUAUAAAGGUCAUCUUGAAGUUGUUAAAUAUCUUAUCUCUGUUGGAGCUGAUAAAGAAGCAAAGGAUAAUGGUGGAUCUACUCCACUCAUUUAUGCAUCAUAUAAAGGUCAUCUUGAAGUUGUUAAAUAUCUUAUCUCUGUUGGAGCUGAUAAAGAAGCAAAGAAUAAUAAUGGAUAG